GAAGACAAAGUUCUUGAAUGGGAAGAAACAGCUCACACAACAAAGAUACUACACCAGAAAGAAAAAUCACUAUAAAUACUUUCCAAGUUAGGUAACAGACGAUUUGGGGUCUGAUAAAAUCGAGGUUUAAUUACAAAAAAGCAGACAAAAUCAAAACUUUAGCAAAUUUCAAGACUUUCUUUGAACUGAAGGAAAGAGUAUCUGUAAAAUAUGGCAGCUGAUGUGGCGUGUUGUGGAACAAAAUUUUCUCUGUAUAUUUUAGCAGUGAUAGGAUUGGUGUUGUUUGCUGGUUUAAUGGCAGGUCUUACACUUGGUCUUAUGUCUCUUGGACUUGUCGACCUUGAAGUUCUUAGCAAAUCUGGCCGUCCCCAAGAUCGUCUUCAUGCCUCUAAAAUACUUCCUGUGGUAAAAAAUCAACACCUUUUGCUUUGCACACUCUUGAUCGGCAACUCUUUAGCAAUGGAGUCUCUUCCUAUAUUCUUGGACAAGCUUGUACCUUCAUGGGCAGCAAUACUGGUGUCUGUGACAUUGAUUCUCAUGUUCGGAGAGAUAAUUCCUCAAGCAAUCUGUACUCGCUAUGGAUUGACAGUUGGAGCCACAGUAGCACCCUUUGUUCAACUUCUUCUCUGGUUAUUCUUUCCCAUUGCUUAUCCAAUUAGUAAGGUCUUGGAUUGGAUGUUAGGUAAGGGGCACGCUGCCCUUCUGCGAAGAGCUGAGCUAAAAACAUUUAUGGAUUUCCAUGGCAAUGAGGCCGGAAAAGGAGGAGAUUUGACACAUGAUGAAACAACAAUAAUUGCUGGAGCACUUGAGUUGACAGAAAAAACUGCAAAAGAUGCAAUGACUCCAAUAUCAAAGGCUUUUUCUCUUGAUCUGGAUGGAACACUUAACUUGGAAACACUAAAUGCUAUCAUGACAAUGGGGCAUAGUAGAGUUCCUGUUUACUACAGAAAGCCGACAAAUAUUAUUGGACUAAUUUUGGUUAAGAAUCUUUUGGCAGUUCACCCAGGAGAAACAGUUCCUCUGAGGAAAAUGAUGAUAAGAAAAAUCCCAAGGGUAUCUGAAAACAUGCCUCUGUAUGAUAUUCUGAAUGAGUUUCAGAAGGGUCAUAGCCACAUCGCUGUUGUAUAUAAAGAUCUGAAUGAGACGAAAGAUACGCCAGUCAAUGAUAAAGAUGCUGAUAAUGCAGCAUCAAAAUAUAACUUGCAUGAUACUAAGACUGCAAUUCCUAAGGCUGACGAUGACCAAGUCACAAAGAAAUCUCCUCCCCCUACUCCUGCUUUCAAGAAGAGACACAGAGGUUGCUCAUUUUGUAUCUUGGAUUUGGAAAACACUCCAAUCCCUGAGAUCCCUCCCAAUCAAGAAGUUGUUGGUGUUAUUACCAUGGAAGAUGUCAUUGAGGAGCUUCUUCAGGAAGAGAUAUUGGAUGAAACUGACGAAUAUGUCAACAUUCACAACAGGAUAAAGGUGAACAUGAAUUCUUCACUAGAUUUUUCGGAGCAGAAUUCCACAACUCAGCUGUUAGAGACCCUCUGAUUGUUCAAUCACUAUCUCUCAAUAGCUACCUCAAGUAUAGCAACAUGUUACAUGUAUAGUUUCCAAUGUAAACUUGUUAAGAAAAAUCUACUAUAGCAGUUCCUUAUUCCUGUAUUUUUGUAUGAUUAUUUUAACUUAGAUUAGAUUGGUCCUAUAGAGCGCGAAUGCAGAGGUAGAUAGUAUAGUCCUAUACAGAGGAAUAGGCUGCCAAUUCAACAAGAAAUUUGGUUUGGAUUGUAAUGCAAUGUACUGCUAGAGUUUUGAGACAUACAGAGUUCAAUAUUACUGAGAACCUAAUCAGUUUCCAUGUGUGUGUCAUUUGAUGAACUUUUUAAGAAGUUAAAUUCCUCACGA